CACGAAAUAAAUCUAAUUUCUCCUACAUAAAGUCCUUUUGACUUUAUUGCAAUGGAUUACCAGAAUCGAGCAGGCUCCAAAUUCGGAGGUGGUGGCGUUGCUUCCGCAUCUGCGACAAAUGCUGAUCGGCGAGAACGUCUGCGAAGGCUCGCCCUCGAACACAUUGAUCUGGAGAAAGAUCCUUACUUUUUCAAGAAUCAUCUUGGAUCGUUUGAAUGUAGAUUAUGUCUGACGUCCCACCAAAAUGACGGCUCGUACCUGGCCCACACCCAGGGUCGCAAGCAUCAACAAAACUUGGCGCGACGUGCAGCGCGGGAGCAAAAGGAAGGACGAGGUGACCAGGGACUUGCACCUGGUGCGCUGGCCUCACAGGUCCAGGUUAAGAAGAAUCUGGUGAAGAUCGGACGGCCGGGAUAUAAGAUCACCAAGACGCGCGAUCCUUUGACUCGCCAGAACGGUCUGCUUUUCCAGCUGCACUACCCUGAAAUUACACCCGGCGUCGUUCCAAAAAUACGAUUUAUGUCCGCAUUCGAGCAGGAUGUGGAUACCCCGCCAGACAAGAAUUUCCAGUACCUAUUGGUGGCAGCAGAACCGUAUGAAACUUGCGGUUUCAAACUGCAGGCUCGAGAGAUCGAUCGCAGAGAGGGCAUGUUAUGGGACUGGUUCGAUGAGGAUAGCAAGGAGUUUUGGAUCCAGCUCAUGUUCAAGACGGAAAGAGAAGAGAGAUACAGUGGUGUCCCGGGUCUUGCGCCAAUCAGGAAAUGA